AUGACGCAGGGAUGGUCAGCGACACAGCAAAGUCGAGCAACGACGAACACCCGAGUGACCAACCGUCUCGAGAAUCGCCGUCGGGACUACAGCCACGUUACCGAGAUAGACAGGGAGCCCACUUUCCACGACAGAAAUCAAGGGGUUUUGGGAUGCAAGCACUAUCAGCGGGCCGCGAAGUUGCAGGCGCACUGCUGUGGCAAAUGGGAUACCUGUCGAUUCUGCCACGAUGAAGUCAGCGAUCAUAAUAUUGUCAGGAACCUCAUCACGACGAUGCUUUGCAUGUACUGCGGUACCGUUCAACCUGCGGGCCAAGAUUGCAUCAAUGAAGGAUGUCGUCGCCGUGUAGCCAAGUACUACUGCAAGGAGUGCAAGCUCUGGGACAGCGAUCCGCGCAAGAACAUCUACCACUGUUACGAUUGUGGUAUUUGCCGUAUCGGAAAGGGACUGGGCAUCGACUACUUCCAUUGCAAGAAGUGCAAUGUGUGCAUGGCUAUCAGCUUGAAAGGAAGGCAUAAGUGUAUCGAGAGGAACUUGGAGAGCGAUUGUCCGAUCUGUGGCGAGUACAUGUUUACAAGUACAACGACGGUCAUAUUCAUGCCUUGCGGACACUGCAUCCAUUACAAGUGCCAUCAAGAAUACAUCCAAACCUCGUAUCAAUGCCCAACCUGCCUCAAAUCCCUCGCGGAUAUGACCGACUAUUUCCGUCGCAUCGACCAAGCGUUGGCCCAGCAGCAGAUGCCACAGGAGUACAGCAACCUCUACAACCAGAUCUACUGCAACGACUGCGAAAAGAAAUGCUUUGCCAAGUUCCACUUCAUGUACCACAAAUGCGUCAACUGCCGCGGUUACAAUACCAAAGUGCUCAACACGGCCGAUCAGAACCUAAUACCACCCGAAGAGCUGAAGCAGAUCAAUGCACUGGCGUCUAUGCUCGUGAACUCGGCCAACCCUGCGGCGGCGGGGGAUACCGCGGAUGCAUCGUCGGUCCAAGAACCUAGCACCAGCAGACGAGCGAGUGCGGCGGGUCGUGGCGCUUCGCGCAGAGCGAGCAUGGUACAGCGUGGGGUGCAGUUCUGGUGCCAUCAGUGCCAAGCCUCGACGAAUCCCGUCAUGGUGGCUGGAUCCCAGCGCUGUGGGACCUGUGACUCUGAUUUUCUCGAACAGCUUUGA